AUGAGAUCCCCUCUAAUCCCUGAAAUGGCGACACAGGAGGUACAGCUGAAUGAGACUCUGGCCCACCUCAAAACGGAGUCGGAGACGCUGAAGUCGAAGCUGGAGGAGGAAAGAGCGAAGCUGCACGAUGUCGAGCUACAUCAGGUGGCAGAGAAGGUGGAGGGACUGGGUCAGUUUGUCAUGAAGACCCGAAGAACUCUGAAGGGACAUGGCAACAAAGUUCUGUGCAUGGACUGGUGUAAGGACAAGAGGAGGAUCGUCAGCUCCUCACAGGAUGGCAAAGUGAUUGUAUGGGAUGCUUUCACCACCAACAAGGAGCAUGCUGUGACAAUGCCUUGCACCUGGGUGAUGGCCUGUGCCUAUGCCCCCUCUGGGUGCGCUGUAGCUUGUGGAGGCCUGGACAACAAAUGCUCUGUGUAUCCUCUGUCCCUGGACAAGAAUGAGAAUUUGGCCGCGAAGAAGAAGUCAGUGGCCAUGCACACAAACUACCUGUCUGCCUGUAGCUUCACCAACUCGGAUAUGCAGAUUCUGACGUCCAGCGGAGAUGGUACAUGUGCAUUAUGGGAUGUUGAGAGUGGGCAGCUGUUGCAGAGUUUCCAUGGACAUGCAGCAGAUGUGCUCUGUCUGGACCUGGCCCCCUCUGAGACCGGAAACACAUUUGUUUCAGGGGGUUGUGAUAAGAAGGCCAAUGUGUGGGACAUGCGUUCAGGACAGUGUAUUCAAUCCUUUGAAACUCAUGAAUCAGACAUAAACAGUGUGCGAUACUAUCCCAGUGGAGAUGCAUUUGCAUCUGGCUCGGAUGAUGCUACAUGCCGCCUGUAUGACUUAAGGGCAGACAGAGAAGUGGCUAUUUAUUCCAAAGAGAGCAUCAUAUUUGGGGUCUCUAGCGUUGAUUUCUCUCUCAGUGGCCGGCUACUGUUUGGCGGCUACAACGACUACACCAUAAAUGUUUGGGAUGUUCUCAAAGGAACACGGGUGUCUAUUCUGUUUGGACACGAGAACCGUGUCAGUACACUGCGUGUUUCCCCAGAUGGGACUGCCUUCUGCACAGGUUCCUGGGACCACACUCUCCGGAUCUGGGCUUAAGGAUGAAGACACAGAGAAUUAAAUGGUAGACAGACCUAUUGAAGACGCACCGAUG